AUGUCCACGGAAAAUCCACCCGGCGACACCGGGAUCAUCAUCGAGAAAUUGUCUCGCAUUGAGGCAUCGGUGGAGGAUUUACAGAAUAAGGUGGAGCAGGUCACAGGGGACGUGCGAGCUCUUAGGGGCAAUAAGGUCAGUAAAUCCCUCCCAGAUCUAGCCUACCAAUACGUAACGCAUCUCUCUGACCACAUGACACGAUCGAACGGUGCUGAGAUAAUCCUUCUGCUUACCUCUACACAGGACGAUGAGGUGGACAGUGACACGAGCCCCAACCGCGGCAAUUGGGGCAGCAAACUGGAGUUCCUGCUGUCGUGCCUGGGGUACGCGGUAGGCUUGGGCAACGUCUGGAGGUUUCCAUAUCUUUGUUACAAAAAUGGCGGUGGUGCAUUCUUCAUCCCGUACUGUAUCAUGCUGUUCUUCGUCGGUAUCCCGAUCUUCCUACUGGAGCUAGCCUUGGGACAGUUUUCCAGCCAGGGACCGCUCACCUGCUGGAAAUUUGCGCCGGCCUUCAAAGGUGUGGGUGUUGCCAUGAUGGUGGUCUCGUGUCUGGUGGCCAUCUACUACAACAUGAUCCUGGCAUGGUCCAUCUAUUACCUAUUCGCCUCGUGCACCACGGAGUUACCCUGGACCUCGUGUGGAGACUGGAGCUCGCCAUAUUGCAGUGACAAAUUGACGGACGUGACGUUUGAUAACUGUACUCAGCUCUUCUACAACGCCUCAGACAACGGUGUGUGUUACCAGAAUGGCACCGUUUACGGUAUCUGGAACCAAACCGUGGCCAAGUCUUACGGUAUCAGCAAAUCUACACCUGCAGGCGAUUAUCUCAAUGCUGUAGUGCUGGGGAUCACCGAUAGUUCGGGGAUUGGAGAUGUGGGGAUGUUACGCUGGGAACUCGUGUUGUGUUACCUGGCCGCUUGGGUUGUUGUGUACCUGGCACUCAUUAAUGGCGUCAAGUCAUCAGGGAAGGUUGUGUAUUUUACGGCGACCUUCCCAUACAUCGUCCUGGUAAUCUUACUCGUCCGCGGGGUCACAUUGCCAGGGUAUAUGGACGGAAUCAAUUUCUACAUCACCCCCAAUCUGGAGAGACUCAGGGACGCCAGGGUAUGGAAAGACGCCGCUGUACAAAUUUUCUUCUCUCUCUCCGCCUCAUGGGGAGGUCUCAUCGCUCUGUCCAGCUACAACAAGUUCCGCAAUGAUAUCGUCAGAGAUACAUUCAUCGUGACGAUUGGCAACUGUGCCACGAGCGUGUUCGCCGGCUUUGUGGUCUUCUCCUUCCUGGGCUAUAUGUCCAAUGAACUUGGUAUCCCCGUGUCUGAAGUGGCCAAAAGUGGGGUGACGCUGGCGUUUGAAGUAUACCCCACAGCCGUGGCCAGCAUGCCGGCCUCCUGGGUCUGGGCCAUUCUCUUCUUCCUCAUGCUCAUCACCCUCGGGCUCGACAGUCAGUUUGUAUUAGUGGAGACCGUGACGACGGCCAUCUCGGACCAGUUCCCGUGUGUUCGUCCAUAUCGUUCCCUGACCAACCUUAUGUACUGCGUGACCCUCUUCGUCCUGGGGCUUACUCUGUGUACUAAUGCUGGUGCUUACUGGUUACAAAUCAUGGACCAUUAUGCUGGAGGCUGGAAUGUUCUCAUCAUCGCUGUUUGUGAAUGCUGGGGAGUGUCCUUGGUCUAUGGUAUCUGGAGGUUUCUGGGAGAUAUUGAAGUCAUGUUGGGGAACAGAGUCUGUUGUUGUUGUACCUGGACCGUUUGUCGUCUCUGGUGGGGAUUUACUUGGCUAAUCCUUACCCCUGUGGGGGUCUUGUUCAUCCUGGGUUUCUCGCUAUACGAUUAUGAAGACGCCACAUACGGAGACGAGCAGUUCCCCACGUGGGCGAAUGCCCUAGGCUGGCUGAUGACACUAGCUGUUGUUGCUGCCAUUAUCAUCACCCCAAUCAUCAUGUUCGUCACUGGCUCGGGUACAGCCAGCGAGAGAUUUAGGAGCCUCUUCAAACCAACAGUUGACUGGGGGCCCGCUUUGGUCAAACACCGAAAGCUGAUCAUACAUGCAGAAAUUGUUGAGGACCCCUGGUCCAGACCGAAAGACGUCCGAACCCCUAACGGAGUCGUGCUCGUGUCCAAAUCCAUGCCUUACAGCCAACGUGACGGUAUCACAAACCCCAUCUAUGACAACGGACCCGCCUUUUACCAGUCCGCCGAGGACCCUAGUGUGUUCAUUGUCCCUGAACUGGACAGAAAAUCCAAGUAUGUCCCAGAGGCUGACCAGGCACCCAAUGAGACGUCCACCCCGAGAUUCUGAAUAGUGUAGUGUUGAAGAUGUCCAAAAGCCUUUAUACCUCAGCUCAGGGUUCUGAGACAAGAGGUUCACAGAUACACAAUGUCGAGUGAGUAGCCAAGGCUAUCUGCUCGUCCACAUUUGACAGAUUCCAUCCUGCACAUGGAUGCGAAAGCAAAGGUGUGGGAAUGACGUACAUGAGCUAUACACGUUCCUAAUAACAAGCGCAUUGGCUUUCCAGUAUGGGAACUCAUAUUUGAAAAUGCCUGGCUAAAGAUUUACGAGUGUGCACGGGAUGAAGGUUUUCAUACUGGUACGGUAGGAAAGUGUUAAUAUGCCAAAAUGUUACAUGGCGAAAUUUGCCGACCCCGAGCUAGAAUUCAAGGAUUUCAGAAGCUCCCAAAACCCCAGAGAAAUUUCUGAAGCCACUUCAUGCCAAAUGGACAUAUUCCUGACGCAAAUUGCUUAGGCGAAACAAAAUGAAUUGAUUAUCAAUGAAUCUGUUGGGGUCUUAUUAAAUCAUUGAUAGAGAAAACGUGUUAUGUAAGAAUGAUGUCAGUUGUCUUAUCAGAUUUUAGCAGAUAAC